UCCCGUGGGUCAUGCUAGUUACCUUCGGAAUGAAUCUAAGAAUGCCCGGACGCUUGCAUUUAUUCCCAGAAUUUUGACUCAGCGAUCAUAAGAAAAGCAUCUCUUCUAUGUCUACACUCUUUUCGAACUUAUAAUUCAGACGCAUCGACUUCUCCUCUUGCUUCUCUGUUUAAUCUGCUUGAAAUCGUGUAAGAACUUGGCAUCCUUUUUAAAUAUCCCUCUUCUAUGGUGAUUAAUGAAAAAUCAAAGCAUUUCUGCAGUUUCCAGUUACAACUGCAUGGCUGUUGUGGCUCAUGUGGCAUAGAUGGGAUCAAAAAUUCUUUUAUACGUGCUCCAAAUACAUCAAAUCUUUGUGGGAGAUUGAUAACAGGGCAUUCAAUGGUGGAUCUUAAAGCCCCACCUUUCCCAAACAUUGUUUAUAGGCGUAUACAACCAUCUGAUUUUCAAGUUCUUGUACGGAUCCACCAUGAUUUAUUUCCGAUCACAUACGAGUCUGAGUUCUUCCGCAAUGUUGUCUAUGGUCGUGAUAUUGUGGCUUGGGGAGUUGUUGACCGUAGUCGGCCUGGCGGUCAAGAUGAUGAACUUAUUGGAUUUGUCACGACACGUAUUAUCCCAGCAAGUGAAAGUGAGAUAGGGGAUAUGCUCAGAUAUGAUUCUUCAAGGACUGAACAAGUGCUAGUUUAUAUUUUGACGCUAGGGGUAGAGGAGGCUUACCGAAAUCUUGGAAUAGCUACAUCACUUAUUCGGAAGGUUAUCGAAUAUGCAUCUAGCAUUCCUACUUGUCGAGCAGUUUACUUGCAUGUAAUUGCUUACAAUGAACCGGCAAUUCGUUUCUACAAGAAGACGUCAUUCAAGUGUGUACGGAGGUUGCCAGACUUUUAUUACAUCAGGGGCCAGCAUUAUGAUUCAUAUUUGUUUGUAUACUAUGUAAAUGGCGGUCGAUCUUCUUGCUCCCCACUAGAGAUUGUUACCACUGUAGCAACAUAUGUGAGGAGCCUUUUCAAGUCUCUGGCUGCAAGGUUAUGGAAGAAUGAAGAGAAAAAGUUACCAAGAUGGCCCAAAUGUAGAGAAAGCAGUGGCCUUCUGACUACCCAAAACAAAGGAAUACUCAUAACUGAGAAUGCUGGUUGUCAAUGUGUCUAGUAUAAAAAUCCUCUUUGCUGCUUCUAUUGAAACUCAAAAGGUCAUAAAUCAAGUGUUUUAACCCUUGUAAGGAUUUUAUGUAGCCAACCACUCUCAGAUGGGAUAACCUUGGUUGAACUAGGUCAACUUUAACCAUGUGUUAGUCCUCUUUGGCUGACUAAAAGAUCUCAAAUGUCAUAGAUUCACAGUAACCUCUUCCUUGGCCCCCUUUGUUAUUUUUUUAUUGUGAUUUUACCACUUCCUUGAGGGUAUAAUGAAAAAGUUAUUAAAGCAACUCUCUUUCAUGUUUCA